AGUUUGACAUAUAGAAUAUUAUGAUUAUCACUUAUUGAUUAUGAUUAUUAUGAUAAAUUUUGUUCUUUGUUUUUAAUUUUAGGUCAUCAUCAGCAUAAAUCUAGCAGAAGACACCAGCUUCGAUGUCAUGUUCCUUGAAGGAAUGCUAAUUUAUGUAAGCUAGUCACUCAAAUGCGUUCAUCAGUCAGUUACAUCUUGUCCAGCAGUACAAGUGAGCCAAAUAUGUCUCACCCGGACUAUGAACAGUAUUCCCAUGACCAUGCAGCUCUUCUUGUACUUGUUAGGCACAUAGGCAAUCAGUUGAAACCCAAAAUAUUCAUGAAAUUCUAUGACAGGAUUUCUAAAAUCAAUUCUGUUAAAAUCACAGACUCAACUGGAAUUGUCAGGAACAUCUUGAUACGUUAUGUAAAGGAACAUCCUGUAGAGAAUAAUGAUUGGGGUGACUUUCAAACACACAGAAGACUUUUGGGCUUAGUUUCAUUAGGGAAGUAUGACUCUCAGCAAGAGCUUAAUGAAAUAUGCAGGGUACAUGAAAGUUUCAAGGUGAAGUACAAUAGCACACUAUUUGACUCAAGGUGUAUCUUAUUUGGACCCACUAAAGAGUCUGAGUCCCCAGCAGAUGAUAGCCCAAGCUCUGGUAGUUCAGGAGACUCAGAGAAUAAUACAGAUUAUGUUAUAGAGAAAUUUACAACUCCCAGUAACUUCAAAACAAGAGCAUUAUUUUAUGAUGUAUCAUCACCUUGUGUAGAUUUAGAAUCACAAUUGAAUGAGUUUAUUAACUCCUUGUUUUGGGUAUUAGAGUCCAAGAGGUUGGAAAGAUCUAGAGAAAAGCUAGAACGUGUAUCUUUGCUGUUAGCACCAUUUGAGAAAAAGGACUUUGUUGGUUUGGACAUGGAAUCAAGAAACAACAAAAAAAGAUGUACUGGUAGAAUGACAAAACAUUUAGGUGAUCUCUGUUUACAAGCAGGAUUGCUGUGUGAAAGUUUGGCAUACUAUUCUCAAGCUGCUGAGAUUCUGAAGUCAGUAAAUGACUGGUUAUGGCUAGGAGCUGCUUAUGAAGGAUUAAGUGCAGCUUCAGCUCUAGUGUUAUACCCAGAAAUGCAGAGAAACAUUUCACUACAUAGAAAUGCUAGUUUACAAGAAGGUUCUCCUAGAAAGUCUAGUCAAACCCCACCUGCAACUGGUAUAGUAAUAAAAAAGGUUGUGGCAAAUGCUUUGGCACCUGAAGAAAUGUCCAGACGUUACCGUGAAGCCAUUAUUCACUACAGCAAAUAUCAAAAUGCUGGGAUUGUUGAGACAGAAGCUAGUUUCAAGGCAGCCAGGAUUGCUGUAGAACAAAACCAUGCACUACAAGCUGCAAGUUUUUUACAAAAUGUUGUGUACAUCAACUUGACAUUGUCUGAACAAGAAAAAAUUCAAAGGUUUGAAACACUGGCUGAUUUAUAUACCCAAAUUGGUUUUGUAAGAAAAGCUGCAUUCUGUUUGAGACUAGCAGCAACAAGGUAUGUUUCCCCUCAAAAUCCUGCUCCAAAUUGGGCUAGAUGCUAUGGUUUGAUGCUCCAGAGCUUAUCUGGCCAUCAUCUCACUUUAGAUCCUGUUGAAAUGAGAGAAGCAGACCAAGGAUGGCCUGCAUUGCAGAUUCAACUCAUACAGGAACUUGUGGUAGCUGCAAGAAGAACAGGACAUUCAGCACUGGCAACCAGACAUAUGACAUUUCUCCUACAGACUAUGUGGCAGCAUUUGAGCUCUACGGAACAAAAAGAACUUGCCAUGCAACUGCAGAGCCUAUCUGCACAAUGUGAAGGGUCGCCCGUUCCCUUAGUCUUAGAUUCUGGCUUGGUCAUGCCCCCCGCCAAUUUGACUGACAUUCCAGUUUGCGCGUCCUUCGCCCUUAAGGACUUACAGCCCCACUUGAGGCCGAGACGUAUAGAAUGCGUCAAACAGGAAACGGGGCCCUUUCUUUUUACGCCUAUACAUUUUGGUGGAGGUAGCUUGGACAGGAGGUCCAAAAAAGCCAAUGCAAAAAUGGACUUCUUGUGGGUGAAAAAUGAGGUAUGCGAGGUCCAACUCAAACUGACCAACCCGCUACCGUUCGAACUGAAGGUGUCUAACAUGCGACUCCUAACUGCCGGCGUGGUAUUCGAAUCGGUGCCGGAAACGAUCGUUUUGCCCCCGGAUAUCCCCACGUCCUUGACCCUGAGCGGUUGGGCGAGGGAAAACGGAGAGCUGGAGCUGUCUGGAUACAGCACCCAUGCCCUGGGGGUCAAAUCGAACUGCAGGUUGCGACACAUGCGAUCGCCUGCUACUUUUCCGCCCCACUACAAGGUGGAGGUUGUGCCGAGUUUGCCGCUAUUAGAGGUGAGUACCUCACUUCCUAGAAGCGCCACCUUCUCAAAUUUCCAUGACGACAGUACCGUCACAUCAGCUAGCACUGCCUUGUAUCACGGCGAAAGCACCCAGUGCACCGUGACGCUGAAGAACGUGGGACAGGUGCCCAUUGAAUUCUUCGAAGUGGAGAUGAACAGCGUGCUGGACCCCGCGCUCCAAGAGCAAAUUUUCAGCUGGGACAAAGAGGAGGUGGAAAAUCUCUUACCUAUCGCGCCUGGCCACGAGGGAUCUCUUGUUCUGCGUUUGCAUUCCAGUGCUAAUUUUUUGGCACCGAACGUUGCCGUUUCGCCUACUAUUCCUCAGGAUGUUAGCAGCGGGUUGUUCAGCAGCAUGUCUGCUUCUAUCCCAGGUGGCUCUCUACCUUCCAGGAUAAACUCCAGCUUCCGCUCGUCAAACUCCGGUCAAUCGAGCCUGGCGGGCGGCCUCGCAGCGCUGUUCCAUCAGCACCCCGGCACGUCCGUGGUCGAGGGGCAGCUGAAGCUGCGGUACAGCGGGGCGGACGGCAUCGCGGCUGAUUAUUGCCGGUCGUGUUCCGUAUUCUUCAUGCUGGAGAUGUUGCCGUCUUUGCACGUCACCAAUUGGGAUGUCUUGCCGGCUGAAGUAAAUUCGCAAUUCUACCUUGUGCUGGACAUCGCCAAUCUUACCAACCAAGAGAUGGAGCUGCAGUACACCCCCUCCAAGACGAUGCUCAUCGAAGGUCAAGAAAGCUGCCGCGUCCCCAUCCCUGUGGACAGGUGUCCCCUGUCCAAACUCUGCGACCUCUACCACGAACUCGAUGACAACACGAAAAACGACGUGGACAUCAAUAAAAUAUGUUCGGGGCACAUAACCCAACUGGUGGAUUUGAGGUGGCAUCUGCUGGGUACCGGCUCCAGGGGAGUGGCACCCUUGAAUGGUAUCACUUUGACGUCGAGGAUGCUCGACAUUGUUCGAAUGUCGCCCCUGGAUUGGGAGGUUUCUUUGAAUGGCGACAUGGUCAGAACACAAGAAGAAGUCUCUUGUGAAGCAGGAGAUUGUCUGGAGCUCAAGAUGUCGAUCGUGAACAGUCUAGAAAAAACGCUGCGCCAGCUGACGUUGUCGGUUCAGUUUUACCAAGAUUACGAGAACGGUUCUUUGAAUUAUAGGAUGGACACAAGAUUGGCGGUAGCUGGUAGUACCAAGAAGAUUUUGUCCGUCCUGGAACCACAUAGUAAGGCCAAUCACGAGUGUAAUGUAAUUUUCUUCACACCCGGUCAGUAUAAAAUGGACAUACAGUGUUGUGCCCCAGAUAGUCAGUCAGUAGCUCGAGUGAAUCCUCUGCUCUCUACUGGACAUACUUGGAGGUUUACUCCUACAAUUUUAAUACAAGUCAACUGAGCUUACUGAAAUUAUUUCAAAAUAUUAAUGUGAAUUUGCGGCUGAAUUUAAUUAUUAGCCGAUU